CCCAUUGUACGAGCUGUUCUCAAAGAGUGCCGCGAUUGUUGCAGUGUAGGUUGUUAAAUACGUGAUUUCUUCAAAGUUGUUUCAUCUGUUGCAGCCGGCUUACGCCUUUUAGCUCAGAAUCGUGUGAGACUGUUGUCAUACGUGAUUCUUACCGAAAAGUAGCGGGUUGUUACGGGGACAAACAGCGGCGGUCUCACCAGAGGAAUUUGUUCGUUAGCGGCAGCUGAGCCACCUUGCGGUCCCGCUAGCACUGGAGCUAGCUAACGUUAGCAGCAGCUGUUUUGUAGUGUGAAUCUGGCGGAGAUCUGCAGGAAUAUGUCUUUAACAAGAGGCAGUCGUGUUUCGAAAUAAGUCGUCGGAGUUCGGAUAAAACACCAAGGGCUGUUAGCUCGCCAACCAAACCACUUAGUCUAGCUAGCUAGCUAACGCUACCGGAUUGUCUUUCACAAAGGGGCAACGCGUGAAUAAAGGACUUGGUCGCCAACCUGACGCUGGCUUUUUAACUCAUUUCACUUGGGCUGUCGCACAGAGAGCAUUACAACCGUACAGAAUGAAUGGAUUCAGCACAGAGGAAGACAGCCACGACGGACCGCCUGCUCCGCCGUUUUAUGGACAGAGCUGCUGCCUGAUCGAGGAUGGGGAGCGCUGCGGCCGGUCAGCUGGAAACGCCUCCUUCAGCAAGAGGAUCCAGAAAAGCAUAUCGCAGAAGAAACUGAAACUGGACAUUGACAAGAGUGUGCGACACCUCUACAUCUGCGAUUUUCACAAGAACUUCAUUCAGAGUGUCCGCAACAAGAGAAAGAGGAAGACCAGUGAUGACGGAGGGGAAUCUCCAGACCACGAUGUGGAGGUGCCUGAGGUCGACCUUUUCCAGCUGCAGGUGAACACGUUGAGACGCUACAAGCGACACUACAAGCUGCAGACCAGACCUGGCCUCAACAAGGCCCAGCUGGCAGAGACGGUGAGUCGUCACUUCAGGAAUAUCCCGGUGAACGAGAAGGAGACACUGACCUACUUCAUUUACAUGGUGAAGAGCAGCAAGAGCCGUUUGGACCAGAAAGGGGACGGCGGAAAACCGUUGGACUAAGCUUCCCAACCGCAGCCGAAUCCACAGCGAAAUCUCCAGUGAUUCAUAACCACAGUGACAGACGGAAACUACAGGCACCAUCUGCAGCAGCAGCAGCAACUACUCACAAGAGCUGGGCACCACUAACAACAGCUACAGCAACCAAAACCAGCUCCUCCUGCAUCCCUGGCACCGUCCUGCUCCUCUGUAAGACCAGAACGUGAACUCUCGUUGGACUCAAAGGGCAUUUAACGGGGACUGGAGGAGAAUUCAGGGUGGGAUGAGUUUGCUUUUGCUCAUUUCGCCCUUUCCACAUAAACACAGUCUGUGCACAUGUUGUCACAAAGGUUGAUCCUCCUCCAAAGGUGUUUCCUCUUUCCUCAGCAAAAGCUGGGUCCCUAAAGACUGUUUAGGACCAGGACUCACUCCGCAGGGUUUUACGUCGUCAUGCUGUAAUGUAACUUGUCGAUAUGUACAAAAGAACCACGUCCGAUCUAAAGUAACCUGGUUGAAUGCAAUGUACAAUAUAUCUGCCUUAAGAGUAAAACGCAAAACACGUUUUGGUGAUUUGGGGUGUUUUUCCUUUGCCCGGUUGACUGUUAACACGUUCACCAUCCGUGAGGAACGCGUGUGCCAAACAGAGAAACGUGCUGGAACUGAAUGAUGCUGAGUGGGGUUUUUUUUUUCUUUAUUGUGAAUGAAUGAAUUGAGGGGAAGGGGUGCCGCCUUCACUGAAGUCACAUCGGGCUUAUGAGGGCUCGGGGUCACUUUACCCACUUUACCCAGAGUGGCACAAAAUUCACAGAGAAAAACCGACGUUCUGAAUAAUCUGUAAAACAAAUACAAAAAAGUUUAAAUCUGCAAGUCGCCCUUUUCCCAUUAGACGUGGUGAAUGAUGUGGCAUUUGGCUAUGACCCACUAUUUUACUUCAUGCUAGCUAUUGUAUGUACAUAUGAACACACACACAUACUAAUAUCUCUGUGCAUUGCAGGUGUUGUUUUUUUUUUUUUAAAUAAGUUUCUUUCCUUUCUCUUUAGUUGAGCCUUAAUUCUACAGGUUGUAAAAAGUUGUGUUUGUUUGCAUAUAUGAUUUUCUUUUCUUUUUUUUCCCCCAUCUGAAAUGGAACUUGUUUGUGUGUGUGUGCGUGAGUGACAGGGCUGUAAGGAUAAUUAUUAGGUCCAUUUUAAUAUUUAAGAGCAGUGUUUAUAUUGGACGACGUCUCAACUCUCGGUUUGAUACUCAUCAUACCUGAGUGUGUUUUAAGAAGCUGGGUCGACAGUUUGGCUCGAUGACGAUAAGGCAGUUUUUUUUUUCUUCCUAAUUUUGAGUAAUUAAAACGUGAACAUGUCAUUUCCCCUUCUUCCAUAUCAUCCUGCAGAACUCGGUAUUAGCGGAUGUUGGCUAAUGAAGUCGUAAAUGUUUUUAUGCACUAUUGAAACAAUCCUGCUGGUUCGUGUUCGUCCCCCCAGAAAGUCAUAAAGCUCCAACAUGAAUCUGACUCGGCACCAUGACUGGAUUUGUGUUGCUGCUUGAGUUUAUGAAUAUCCUGACUCUGUAAAUGAUUUACUUUUAUAUGUAAACAGUGAAGUACAGUGACCCUGCGUUUUGGCUGCAACCAAUGAUUAUUUUCUGGUUUACCUGCCGUUUAUUGAGUUAAGUAAUUGAUUUGAUUGUUCAGUUUGUGAAGUGUAUGAAAUGACUGCAGUCCCCGGAGCCCAAAGCCACGUCUUCAAACUGUUUUAUCUGACCGGCAGUUUUCAGUUUCCAGUGAUAUGAAGGAGGAAAAACUAGAAUAGAAUGUUGCUGUUAUUUGUUGGACCGGCUCUUUUUAUAUUUCAGUAAUAUUAAGCCACGAGGCCGUGAUGAGAAAUGACCGGGCAGGUCGCCACUGAUGACCCCUGUUUCACACGUAACAUUUAAUAUGAUGAAUCCAACACGGACAAGUUUAUUUAAAUUCUCAGUGUGGUGCUGAAGCGUCCAGGCUAUCUUCAGUUGGUUGUCCAUCUUCUCAAAACCCUGCUUCUCUUCUUCUUCUUCUGAUUCUGUUCUUCUUUCUGUCUUUUUGGUGAUGGUGGCCACAGGGAGUGUACACACACACUUUGGGUUUUUUUGGGGGGAGAUUUUUUUUUUUCACUCAUCUUCUUCUGUCACAUUAUAUUUAAGUUUGUCCACCACACUGAGUUUGUCUCCGUUUGACAAGUUUUUUUUUUUGUGUCUGUAUUUCAGUUUUGCUUGUAGGUUUGUUAGUGUCUUAUGUAGAUAACACCCAACUUAAUUAACACAUAGGCCAUGCCACAUUAACCUAAUUAUUGUAUUAGAAGAAACAUAUUUAAAUAUGGCUUAUUGCUCCUAAUAAUUAUUAUAAUUAUAAUGAUAAUAAAUGUAUUGUA